UGGCGUUCUGUCUCGGGCCGAGGUCCUGCGCGCUUCGCUGCGGGCGGUUGAAGGUAGGAGCGCGGCGCUUCGGAAGGCCUGAAAGCUUCCAAGAAUGCCCUGGUCCUCGUUGAAUCUUCCUGCCUUCUCUCGGUUGCGCCCAUAAAGACUUUCCCGUGGCACUAGCCAAGUUGGCACUGGCUUCUGGAGAAGGACGAUGGCAACCUAUGCUGGCAAGCAGGGCAAGAGGCAGGACGAGAGCAGCCUGGGCAGCCUGGUUGACCUGGUGCUGGCCAACGCCCGGGUGGUGCUGGGGGUCAGCGGUGCAGCUGUCUUGGCCCUGGCAACACUGGCGGUCAAGAGGUUCAUUGACAGAGCCACCAGCCCACCAGGCGAGGACGAGGACGACAUGAAAGCCAAGCAGAAGUCCCUGGAGGAGAGCUGGCAAGAGCUAAGCCUGAUCAAGGGGGGGUCCAAAGCACAACGGCAAGAUGUCGAGGAGCCCCUGCUGUCCCCCGUCACAGCUGCACCUGCGCAAGACACGAAAGAUCUUGCGCUGCCCUCCAGGGUCCCUUUGGGGCAGUCCAAGUCCCUGCUCUGCCUCACCCUUCAGGAGAAACUCCUCUCGUUCUACAGGGAUCACAUCUACGUCUCCGAGGCGGAAAAGGCUGUUGGGAAGCAGCUGGCGGAAGAAAUCCGGGUGGAGCUGCAGACCUUCCUGAAAAACAAAUCUUUGGACCUGCCCUUUGAGAACAUUUCCCUGAGCGGCUACCUUUGCGAUGACCUCGUUGGCCAACACCAACUGGAGGUGGUCUUCCACCUUCCCUUGGUCCUAGAGGACCACCUUUGGCACUUCAUCCGUGGGGAAGAGACGCUCAUGGAUAACUCGUGGUAUGGGAUGAUCAAGCGGAGUGGCCUGGAGUAUUUCACACGGGGGAGCAGCCCUUGGGACAAGUUCAUUGUCGGCGGGUACUUAUCGUCCAACUCGAUCAACGACGCCCUCCUGAAGACCUUGGUGGGCUCCGUCAACUGGCCGGUCAUCGGCAGCCUGCUGGAAUGCAUCAUCCGGCCUUCCAUGGCUCCCAGGGAGCUGAAGUUGGAAGUCAGGCACGAGCAGGUCCUCCUGGACAUCACCCUCUGCCCGAUAGUGGAAAUGGAGGGCAAGGUUUUCCUCGCCACCUUUUCGGGGGAACCUGUGGAGAACCUCUGGCAGCAGAGUUUUUACGCGGCAGAGGUUUCCAAGCUGAAAGAGCUGGAUGCCGGAGACGGCGGCAUCCGGCAGUGUUGCCUCCUCAUCUUGAAGGCCACCUUUGAAAAACACCCUUUCUGGAGCAGAAUAACCGGCAGCGACUUGACUCACGUUAUCCUCCACCUGAGCCUCACAGAGCCGGACUGGCCCGAGGCCAUGCUAGCCGUGAGGCUCCAGCAGGUCUUGGAGGAGCUGGUCCAGUACCUGGCCAAAGGCUCCCUCCCUUGCUUCUUCGAUGACAGGGUUGACCUCUUGAGCCACUUGCUCCCGGAGGAGAUUGACGAGAUCGGCUGCACCUUGUACGAGGCGUUAGCUGCACCCAACCUUGCGGAUGGGCUGGGUUUGUAGAGUGGAGAGAGCCCUGGCUUCCUUUCGGAUGGAGAAGACUUGAGAGGGAUCUCUUCACCCCCCCCUCCUCCGGCCCCCCCCCAUUGCAAUUCUUUUGCACCGAAUGAAAUGAAAGUAUUAGCUCUUGAAGUAAAAACGGCCCUUGAUUGCAAGCCCUUGACUAUACUCGCUCUCUUGCCGGCUUCUUUUGCCCUUCUCCUCCUGCAGGGAGCCUGGUCUUCCUCCCCAGGGCAGGACUGGAGGGCUGAGGUGGCAGAGGGUAGCCGGUUCCCCUUCCCUCCUCUCGGGUUUCCCCAUGGCUUGAGCCCUGAAAUCUUGCGGACGUGCCCCUCUGAACGUAAUGCUCUCUCCAGGGCUCGGAGCGAGGGCUGCGGAGGUCCCUCUGCUUGGCAGCUGCCCUGGAGAGGGUUCGUCUGAUUUUUAUGAAUAAAUAAAUCAAUAAAGCAAGCAAGCAAGCUCAGGUUUCUUCUGAGCACCCAGGAACCAACUUCUGAUGUAAACUUGUCAUGUUUUCAGU